AGCCCUUAUGUUCUUUAUACAAUCAGUUUCUCCUCUGAUCUGCGUCUGCAUCACCAUUAGAUUCUACUAGGAAGACGCGACCAUAUAUAUUUUCCUUUUCCGCAGAACAAGCAGAAACGGACAAUCAUUCUGUGCAUUCAUGAUGUUGUCUCCGCUCCUAAUUUUCCCUCUUCUUCUGUUGCCCCAGGCCUGUGUUAUUAUUCUCUCAGCUGCAGAUUUCGCCCAUCCCCUGCGAGAAUUCAAGAUCGAGGAUCUCUGUGUACAACAUGAUCUUCAAGAGUCUCUUGAUGGCACUUGUCCCACCUGCUUGCACAAGAAUAUGGGGCACUUCGCCCGCUGCUGAGUUUCAGAACUUGUACGGCCCUGCGGUGGCUAAUGCUCUUCCUGUCUUUAGUGUAUCUCUUGCUAUCGCUUUCACAGCUACGCGAGCCUUUAAAACCACGUCUUCAUCAUGGAUUUCGGAAUUUGUUGAUGAUGUUACUUACUCGGUGUUUAGAGAAGCUGAACCGCACCGACGUCCAGACGCGUAUCAAUACAUCGAUUUACGCCACGCUGUCGCACACUCUACAACAGGCUCCGAGUCUCAUCGAAAAACACUCGCGAAUCAUGUUGAGCGAUGUGCACUAUACCGAUUUCAUACUGGAGCAAGUGUGUCUGUUUGUCAGAUUCUUGCUCGUGAGUUUGGCGUGCUUGCUACCGAAUGUCUGUCACAGGAACACGCUAUCGAGCCCCUAAACCUGUCUAAAAUGAAAACAGAAUAUACUGGCAGAGGUGAAUGGUUUUGAUGCAUAUCGAUUGCUGCCAAUCUAUCAUUUUUCUUCGAGUCGGGGACAGCUGGCGCUUCCCAGCGCCGCUACGAUCAUAUAUAGUUUGCUGGGUCUCGCAUGUAUAUCAAAUUA